AUACCCCUCAUCAAUAUCAACAGACUUUCUUUGAUGUGUAUACUUCCACUCUGUUCAUUGUUUGCAAGGUCACACAUCCACCAUUCUGAAUCCACCGCUUGGCGCUUGCCUCAUCUUGGGUAUUGGACGGUUGGCAGGUUAUUCGGGACGCCUGGGAUCACGGGCUCCAUAGCAACUGUGUCUGAAAAACCAAAUUUUGAAAAAUAUUACCCCCGUAUUCUGCGUGCUCCCUCUCUCGCUUCCACAGUCAGGUAGCUGCCCCAUCACUGGCUUCCAGCACCGGUGCAGCGGAAGUCUUCCCCAAAAGUUUGGCUCACUGCUAGAAAGAGAAGAAGAAGAAAAAUAGCAUCAUGGACCAUCUAGCAUUCUUAUAUCCAACCUUUUCAAUUGGACUACUGAAGCAGAGUCACCACCCCAUCCUUCUAUCCACCAUUACUUUUGCAACUUUGUCCUUUUCACAGAAAAAGGAGUGUCAUGUACAACACUCCUAUGGCAGAAAAUAUAAUCAUGUUAAUCUCCAGGAGAACUGCCUCUCUAUCCUAAAGAAUUGCCGCCUUCUCCCCCAAGUCCUCCAAGUCCAUGCCCAUGCGCUCCGAACUAGUCUUUUCCAGCUGCCCAUAAUUCAGAUCAGCCUGCUUUCUAUCGCUACCAGAAAAAUGAAGGAUAUUGACAUGAACUAUUUAAGCUUGGUCUUCAAGCAAAUUGAUAAACCCACCAAUUCCAUGUAUAAUUUGAUGAUCAGAGGGUAUGCCAACGGCAAUGUUCCUGGAAAGGCCAUCUUCUUCUAUAGGCAGAUGAGAAGGCGUGAAGUCCAUCCUGAUGCAUUUGCAUCAUCUUUUGUUCUCAAGUCAUGUAGCAGGAUCUCAGCCUUGUUUGAAGGGCAGCAGAUCCAUGCUGGCAUUGUGAAGGAUGGCUAUGAGCCAGAUGGCCUUCUGAUGACCACAUUGAUGGAUUUGUAUGGGAGGUGCAGGCUUGGGGAUGAUGCACAUCAGUUGUUCGAUGAAAUGCCUAACAGAGAUGUUGUUUCGUGGAAUGUCCUAAUCUCUUGUUUCUUGCAGAACAAAUGCACUCGUGAUGCACUAGGUCUGUUUUUAAGGAUGAUGAGUUUUGAUGAUGUGUCACAGAGACCAGAUCAUGUGACUUGCUUACUCACUCUAUCUGCUUGUGCUAAUUUAGGAGCGCUGGAUGUUGGUGAGAGUGUGCGGAGAUAUGCUGAGGAUUGUGGGUUUGAUGAUGCAUUGAACAUCAAGAAUUCUUUGAUAGACAUGUAUGCGAAAUGUGGAUGCCUGGACAAGGCUCUGGAGUUAUUUGAUAAAACAAUUGGGAGAAACGUUGUCACUUGGACCACUAUGAUUUCAGCUCUUGCAAUGCAUGGACAAGGGAGGCUUGCAAUUGAAGCAUUUCAAGCAAUGGGAAGAUCAGGGAUUCAGCCAGAUGUUCAGACGUUCACUGCUGUGUUAUCUGCCUGUAGUCAUGCUGGAUUGGUGGAUGCAGGUCGCAAGUAUUUUGAUAUGAUGGUAGACUUUGGUAUUAAGCCAACCAUUCAUCAUUAUGGAUGCAUGGUUGAUCUUCUUGGUCGAGCAGGCUUGUUGGAAGAUGCCUAUGGCAUGAUUAUGUCAAUGGAUGCUGAACCUGAUCAAAUGAUUUGGAGAACCUUGCUUGGUGCUUGCAGGAUCCAUGGAAAUGUGAGUCUAGGUCAGCAGGUUAUCACCCACUUGAUCAAUAUGAAGGCCUAUCAAGCAGGGGACUAUGUCCUAUUAUCAAAUAUACAUGCUGCACGUGGUAAUUGGGAUGGUGUAGCCCAGUUGAGGAGAGUAAUGAAGGAUGAAGCAAUCAUGACGACACCAGGAUGCAGCACAAUUCAGUUGAAUGGAAAAUUUCAUGACUUUGUUGUUGAUGAUGACUCACAUAUUCAGACAAAGGAGAUCUUUGCUGUGUUGGAUGAAUUACAGAUGCAUUUGAAAAGUGCUGGUUAUGUUGCUAGUUCAGCAGCCAAAUAGAUAUGCUGAAGCCAGAAUUGAAGGCAAACUUUAAAAUGGGUACAUUAUUUGUGCAUAUGCAGAGAACAGUUGCUUCAAUCUGACAAAUGUGGGGGAAGUUGUUGAUUGUUGGAAGGCAACACAGAAAGAGCUUUUCUUUUCAAGGGAAUUAUACACUCCAGUUCUGGAGUAGCAGUCACCUUUCCUAUGCUUUCCCAUUCCAAAGUGUCUUAUUUGCAGUGGGUGAGUAUAACCAUUCCUCCAUUUUGUGUGGUUCCUUCUCUAGUGACAUAAAUGUUCUAGCAUUUUGUGGAUGUACACAUUUUCUUUCUGCAUUCACCUUCAUCAUGAAGUGGUUUUCAAGCUUGCAUAUGAUAGUCACUUGAGGUAGAAAUUCCAUAGUUCUCUACAUGAAUUUAUUGUUCUUAAGAGGGGGACGAUAUUAUACCAUGUCACGUUGAAUGGUGCAAAGUGCAGGUGUGGGUGUCGAUGCAGGUGCUGGUGUGUUAAUUCUCAAAAAAUUAGAGUACUAUUUUGGCACGCAUGCAUGCACUCCCCACCCCCCACACAUAUAUAUAAAAAAUGUAAGCACCAGCCACCACUAUCUAUUUUGUGGUUAUCCAACUGUUUGGUGCCGGCUCAAAUGAUAAGAUGAUCCUUUUCUGAACUAAAGCGCCUCCUUCACUUGAAGAGAGCUUUUCCUCCUUAUAAUUUUCCUUCUCUUCUCUAACCCAGAAACCCUCAUAUCCCUCUGUCUCUGUUGCCUACUCUCUCCCUGUGCAUACCAUCUCUGUCUGCAGAGAGUGGCACACCCUACCAAUCGCCAGAGCUGCCCAUCAUCACUUCUAGGUCUCCUAUUCCCUUUCCCCACUGCCAGAGCUGCUGAUGUGCCCUGCCAGUAAGAGCAUCUCUCUUCCCCCCCAUCCUUCAAGCUCAUCAGUGUAGCACAAAGAUGGUUCAGGAUUUCUUGGAGAUCUGAAUCUCAUUUUGCAGUUCUGAGGCUUCUGCUUAUGGGCUAGCCAUCUUAUGUCCACAGUGUGCAUUUGCAUGGAGCACCCUGUGAUGCAAAUGGCAUGGGCACUUAAACAGGUGUUUUCUUUUUGCUUUCAAACUGUUAGAGUGUGUGUGUGUGUGUUCUUUUUCAUGAUGUAUUUUUUUAUUUCUUUCCUAGAUGAGGAAACAGGCACAUUGAUGAUGGGCACUUGCACAGGUGUCUUCCUUUUGCUCUUAAACUGUGAAUAUUUUUUUCUUUUUCUUUUUUCCCUGAAGUGAUCUUUUAUUUCUUUUCUAGAUAAGGAAACAGGCACAUUGAUAAACUGAUAGAAGUGGAAGCAAACAAAUAGUGAGAUUACUUGAAGCAGCCAAGAUUUUGCAGUCAUUGCAAUUUCUAUACUGCUGGAAAGAAGUCCAAGAACCACUGAAAGCUGUUCAAAAUUUACGAAGUAAAGAAUUAAUACUAUGCUGUUUGUUGCUGCUAAGAAUAAAGAGAUGGAGAUUGCAAUUUUGAUUAGUUACUUGGUGUAUUAUUCAAACAGAUACCAAGCUCCUGAAUUAUUUCCUCCUUUCUGGAUUCCAGUUGUAGGGAUCCUUUUUCUAAGUAUAAAGAUGCUGUCACUUUUAAGUGAUAUAAUGCUGUAAUUUUUUUGUUAAAACUUUGCAUUGCAUUGUGCAAUCUCAUGGUUCUCUCAUAACUUGGUACUUUACUUGAUUCUUG